CCGCCUUCGAACUCCUGAACCACAACAGAAGCUCCGCGCGUUUAGCUGUUAUAUUACCUGGCUUAUCUCAGGUGUUGUUGGUCUAUUUAAUCAACCGAAUCAACGGCGGAGCUGAUUCAGGCCCGACAUGGCAGGUCUACCACCCGGAGACCCUCAGCUGGUCUCAAUGAUCGUCAACCAUUUAAAAACUCAGGGUCUCUUUGACCAGUUCAGGAGGGACUGUCUGGCUGACGUUGAUACAAAGCCUGCCUACUUGAACCUAAAACAGAGGGUUGACAACUUUGUCUCUAAUCACCUCUCUAACCAUACAUGGAGCCCUCAUUUGAACAAGAACCAGCUGAGAAACAACAUCAGACAGCUGGUGUUACAAUCUGGGAUGCUGGAGCAGGGAGUCGACAGGAUAGUGGCCCAGGUGGUGGAUCCCAAAGUCAACCACAUCUUCAGACCGCAGGUAGAGAGGGUGGUCCGGGAGUUCCUGUCACCAGGCAGCUGCUCUGAGGAGCCGCCACCUCCGCUUCCUUUACCAGAGACCAAACCAGACAGCAGCAUUCUUGAACAAGCCUCAUCGUCUGCUCCAACCCCCAGCAAUGCCAUGUCCAUCCUGGACACCAUAACCUCCCUGAACCAGGAGGCCAGCGUCAGGGCAAGCUCCAGCACGGAUAAAGCACGUAAAACUCCGGACGAGCCCAUGCAGCUGGUGGAGGAUGGCGAGCAGGACAUGGGUACUGCCGAGGAAGGAGACAGGAAGAUGCUGGAAGAGGCAGAGGGGUCUGAGCUCCAGCAGUUGGAGGUGAAGACAGAGGACGCUCAGGAACCGAUGGAUCUGGGGAAAGACGCGUCGAUAGAGGAGGUGAAGAUGGAAGAGGAGGAGUCAGGAGCUCAGGAGCAGAUGGAGGAGGAGAGGGAUAAAUCUGGAAGCAAAACAAGUGGGAAGCCAACAGAGGAGAAGCAGGAUGAGGAUCAGCUGAGAUCUACGAGUCAGGCUAAGCAGAAGGCCCGAGAGAGGAUAAAGGAAGAAUACUUUUUGGAGGACUCGGACCUGGAGGGGCUGAGUGACAUCACGGUGAGCUCGGUCCACACCAGCGACCUGUCGUCCUUCGAGGAGGAGAGCGAUGAUGAAGAGCUGCAGUCUGAAUCCUCUGAAGAGGGCGAGCUUCCACCAGAUGAGGAAGGUGAGGGAGCAGAGAUGAAACAGGACAAAGGAGAAGAUCGCAAACCUCGCCGUAAGGCCUACGUUCACAAGCCCUUCCUCUACUCCCGUUACUAUAGCGACUCGGAUGAUGAGAUCACCGUGGAGGAACGUCGCAGAUCUGCGGCAAAAGACAAAGAAGAACGUCUGCUGAAGAGACAACAGAACCGAGAGCGGAUGGAAGAAAAGAGGAAACAGAAAGCUCUGCAGGCUGAGGAGCAGGAUCACAAAAAACAAAAGAGUGGAGACUCCGCCGGGUUCGAGGGCCCCCGAGCCAAAGAGGCUCGCAAAGAAAGGAAGGUUCUGGAGAAGAAAAUGGCUCUGAGCAGGAAGAGGAAGCUGGACUCAAGGAAGGAGACGGAUGGUUCUAGCAAGAAGAAAGGAGAUGCAGAAGGAUCCAAGAAAGUGGAUUUAAAAUCUACAGCAGUAAAGACACCACAACCAAAACUGCUUAGAAAUCUGUCAGAGUCGGCGUCAUCUGACGAGAGACACAGCAGGACGAGCGGCAGCAUCUCUGAAGACUCCAGUGAAACCAGAAAGCUCACAGACAAAGUCCGAACACACUCCUUCAUCCUGGAGCUGGAGCAAGGUUCCCAGGAGGCGCUCAGACAACGCUCUGUUGGGAAGUUUGACCGCUCUCGCAAGGAACUUCUCUCUAAAGAACGCAAAGAGAAAGAACGCAGCAUGUCAGACGAGCGUGCCAAGCUCAAACAAAAGCAGGAGAAGAAACCCGAGCAUCAGCUGGAUGAGCAUCAGCAGAAAGAAGCGGCUGCUGUUAAAGUUUUCUCUGAGGAAAAAGGAGACAAGAAACCGAAGAUGAAGAGUGAGAAGAAGACCCCAUCAACCCCAAGAGAAGGAAAGUCGUCUGCAUCAGAAGUUCAGGCAGAUGAGGGUCCGAAAGACGCUUCUCUCAAAAAGAAAGCUGCAUCUGUGGAGGUGGUCAAAGCAGAGAAGGACAAAGACAAAGUCAGGGAAAAGGAGAAAGAGAAGAGCAGAGAAAAGGCCAAAGGAGAGAAGAGUUCAGCUAAAGGGGAUUACAAGCUCCGGCCUGAUUCUACCGGGUCCUCUGAGGAUCGAUCCGACAUGGAGCCUGCUGGGUCUGAUGGCAGCAAGAAGAAAGAUAAACACUCCAAAGAGGUGCUGAAGAGGUCCAAGAGCCACACCGAGGACCGACCAGGAGAGAAACUCAAAUCUAAAGACAGUGAGAAGGAAAAGACCAGAGCAGAUCCAGACGGCCAGAAAUCAGCGAAGUCCAGCUCUGAGAGUGACAAAGAUCCAAGACGAGUCAAGACUGCAGAUAAAGGAAAAAUCCUAGAAAAAUCUAAAUCCAAAUCCAAAGAGGAAGCAAAGACGGUGUCGUCGUCAAAGACAGGUCAGGGUUCAGAGGUCAAAAGUACAGGAGGAGCAUCAGUCAGCAAAUCUGAGAAGAAGAAGGAGGGAAGUAUGAAAGAACAGCGUAAAGUCUCAGAGGAACCUCUCCAGGACAAAUCCACAAAGAAAAAACUGGAGAAGAAAGUCCCAGAAAAGAAAGACGAGAGCAUUGAGGAAAAGAAAGAGCUCAGAGAGGACAAACAGGAAAAACCGGAGAAGUCCUCAAAGCCUCCAGUUUCCUCUCAGAGCCUCGAUGCAGAGCUUCUACCCAAGAAACUGUCUCUUCUCCAGGACACCAGCACGGACUCUGACCCCGUCACCACCACCGUCACCACCUCCUUCUCUGACGACACCUGCGAUGCUUUAAGCGAUAUCACACCUGAGCCACCGGAGGGCGAAACCGAGUCCAGGCUCGGGGAGAUGCCAGCUGUUCCGGUGGAGGCUGACGCGCUGCUGACGCUCAUGGACGUCUGCACCUCUGCAGAGGCGAGACUUCCACCUGAGAGCAGCAGAGAGGAGGCAAUGAUGCAGGACGCCGAUAUGAAGAUGAAAGAAGCCGCUCUGACGCUGCUCUCCAUGGAUCCGGACAGCACUGUGUCCUCCAGCUUAAUGUGCCAAGAUUCAAGAGAAGAAGAGAUGAACCAGGCCACUCUUCAGCCAGUGGAAAUAGCUGAGGAAGAAGAGCAGCAGCCUUCAGUAGACGAGCAGACAAGCUCUGAAUCUCCGUUUGCAGCCGCAGAACCAUCAACAUCUCAGCAAAGCACUGUGUCUGAACAACAAACUGAAGAUUUCUCUGGCACUCCAGAGAAAGAGGCAGGUUUGACUGUGGUUGAAAUGACUCCGGCUGCUGUUCUGCAGGAGGUUGAUACUACUUCAUUUACUGCUGAUGCUCCAUCAAAUGAGGACGAAACCAAAUGUGCAGAGAUUGUUCCAGAAGAACAGCCAGUCGCUGCAAAGGAAGCAGUGGAUGCGGUUGUGUUGGGGUCAGAGGUCGGAGCAGCUGCAGAGGAAAGUGUGCUUUCACCUGUUUCUGUUUCUACUGAGCAACAGCAAACUGAGCCAGAUGCAAAAACAGGCCCUCAGGCAGGGGAGGUGGAUGCUGACGACGGCCAGGUUGAGAUGGAGGUGGAGAAUGUUGAAGCUGAGACGACUACAAAGGAAGAAAACGUGGCAACACAGAGUCAUGUGAAAACCGUGGAGUCGCUCGUCCCUGAGAAGACUGAAGAAGAGCUCAGAGAGAGCGAACCUCCGACGCCUCAGUCCAAGCUGGUUAAGCAAAUCAGUAAUGUCUCCAGCACGGACAGUCAGGAGGACGAGAAGACGUCUGACCUAUCAGAGAAGGAAGAGAAGACGGAGGGAAGAGGAAGACGCAAACGAAGACUGUCGACUCAGAAAGCUCCAGCAGUGAAGGAGACUGGUGAUGAGAAGGAUGAAAGUAAAGAGCAGCCAUCAGCAGAGGAACCUGACCAGGGUAAGGUUGCAGAAGUCAGAACGCCACGCCGCGGUCGAUCAUCGAAAACCACCGAGGAGGCAGAGAAGGAACUCGCUAAAGAAUCUGAAAAACCAGGGGAGGGUCCGUGCCGUGGGGGGAGACGCUCAGGAGCAGCAGCCGUUAAAGUUGAGAAUCAGAAGAAAGAGGAGAGCAACGCAGCAACGUCAGCAGAACAUCCAGCAGAGACCCAAAAAUCUGAGGAGGAAAGUGGACCAAAGAAAACGGGACGGAGAGGAAGUCAAGUCAAUCUCUCGUCUGUUCCUGAAGAUCCUGAGGCUGCAGGAGACUCCAAAGAGACCUCAGACACAGGUGAACCAGCGGUGAAGAGGAAGAAGUCAGAGGAAGAGGAGAAAACUGUGGAGGGAACGGCGCCUGAAGAGGAGACGAAUGAGGACAACAGUGGACAGGAACAAAGUGAACAACAGCCUGACAAAGACAGAAGUUGUUCUCCAUCUGAGAGCCAGGCAGAAGGUCAGGAGGAGGACAAAGAGGAGACGUGUAGCGAGAAGAAACCAGAGGAUGUAGAGGAGGAGCUGCAGGAAGACCAGGAGACUGCCCCAAAGAGACCUGGUCGGAGGGGACGGCCGUCAAAGGCAGCAGCAACCACAGAGGAUGCAGAUAAAAAAGACAAAAAGGCAGAAGAGAGCGAGCAGAAUGAUGACGAAGAGGACGAGGAUGAUGAGAAAGACGAGGAUGGAAAAGGAAAAUCAACGAGAGCGACCACACGGGCAGCAUCCCGUCUAGAAGCUGAGAGAAACAAGCCAAGCAAACCAUCGACCCGGGCGAGCCGACAGAACGGUAAAGAAGAGACCACAGCUGGCACGCGCGGGACCAGAGGCCAGGCGGCGGCUGCGGCAGCGAAGGGGGGCCGCAAAAGGGAGGCCAGCCCCCCUGCUGUGCGAACGCGGGGCGGACAGAAAUCAGAGGAGCCCCCGUCCAAGAGAGCCAAACGCUAAAGACCGAUGGGAUGGGGAUGUUUUUCUCAGCCCUAGAGCCUCGGCAGUCAGUCCGUCAGUGUGGACGUAAAUCUGUUUCUGCUUCAGUGACUGUCCGUGUCUAACAGCUCUGGUUAGUAUUACACCCUCCGCUCUGAUAUUAGAGUAAACCUGAGGAUCUGUGUAGACCCCCCCCCCCCAGAAUACUCUCUACUGUGCUACACCCAUAUGGUUUGGAUCAUCAUUCCUCUGUUUAUUCAGUAAUGCCCACUGAAUCCCAGUAUUUCAGGCCAAUCAGAGGCCUAAUGUGCAGCGUAGAGGAUGAAGAGGGAGAGUUCCUGAUGUUGUACAGAUUCACUGUGAAUUUUACUACUCAUUCUGUGAAUGAACGGAGAUCUUCUGCUCCAGUUUUUUUUUAGUUUUUGUUUUUAUACUUGAUAUUUAGAAGGUAAGUUUCUUUUUUAAAGUUUUAGGAUUGAGACGAUGGCAGUAAUUCCUCCUUAAAACAUCACCGGCUGCAGACACAAAGCUGUUACCUAUCAUUUAGAUUUGAGUUCUGUAGUUCUGUCCACUGUUUUAGAAUUUAUACUGAUGUUACAAACAUGUUAGAUAUGUUUCCUACAUGUCACUGAAACAUUUGUUUCAUAAAUGUAAAAAAAAAAAAAAUACUGUUUCCUUCUCUCAUUAUUCCACUUAGAGUGCUUCCAAAUUUAAAAACAUCUUUAAAGGGUUUUAUUUUGAAAACAGAAGUGGGGAACCGAGUCACAUGAGCUUGACUUCAGUCUGAAAUUUGACCUCUUUAGACUCUGCAGUAUCCUAGAGGACUUACUACUCAACUUACACCAAUGUCUCGUGACUUCAGGGCUCAGUCUGAGUAAAUGUGAUAAUAUAAACCCGGUCUGUGCCCUAUGGCUGCGUUUA